UCUUGAUUUUAUAUUCAAAUUCAAAAUCUUACCUCAUGUUCAAUAUUUCGAGGAAUACACUUCGUUUUCGCCCCUUAUCUCAUCAUGCUUUUCGAUUGAUACAUGAAUCUAAUAAGGGGUGUGAAAGCAAUGCUCGUGGAACCAUAAAGUUUUUCAACACACUUUUGAAAAAUCCUUCGGGUUUAUUUGGCGGAUAUUCCCAAUUUGCUAACCAAUUUUCCGUCAAAAUGUCUGAAGUUGCUGUGAAGGAUUUUGUUCUCCCGAAUGAACAGCCUGUGGUUCCCUUGGAAUGUGUUACUGCAUUUGAAAAUUUAACUGCUAAUGAAAAAGCUUAUGCACAUCACCUCAGUAAGGCUUCAUGGUAUGGUGGAUUGAUUGUUUUGAUUCAGACAUCAGUUGAAUCAGGGUCACUCUUCUCCAUUCUUCACCAAGUUUUUAGCCAGGAAAGUGUCGAUGACCUGAAGAAACAAGCCUUAGAGAAUGGAUUGUCAGAAGAUGAAUUCCAGGCUGUUCUUGUAUUUACCUGUGGUGUCUAUGCAAAUAUGGGCAAUUACAAAGGCUUUGGGGACUCUAAAAUAAUUCCAAACAUUACAGCUGAUAAACUUGAAAAAUUCCUGAUUGCGUCGAAAGCUUUCCAAAGCAAUGCCGACCUAGUAAAAGUGUGGAACCGAAUCAAGAACUUAAUUUAUGACUUGAGCCCCAAAAAGUGUCACCUUGGCCUUGGUGACAAAGGAACCACAACAUAUUUCUCAUCAAAUUGUACCAGUGAAGAUGCCGAUAUUGUUAACCGGUAUUUCAAGUCCAUUCAAAUGGAGGGUUACAAUAAUCGUGUAAUAAAAACCGAAGCCAAUGGCGUUGCACACUAUGAGAUCCGUUUGGCUUCUGUUGAAACCGGUCCUAUGGCUGGAAUUACUCGCGAACCGGAGUCAUUUGAGGGACAUCAAUUUAGUGUAACUCGUGGAGAUUACUCUCCGCUUUUGAAGUUAGUUGUUGAAGAACUGCAGAAAGCUAAGAAAUUCGCCGCUAACGACGUUGAAGCGGCCAUGCUAACCGAGUACAUCAACUCAUUUACUACGGGUUCGCUAAAUGAUCAUAAAAAUGGGUCGCGUCAUUGGGUCAAGAACAAGGGACCCGUUAUUGAAACAUAUAUUGGCUUUAUUGAAACAUAUCGUGAUCCGGCCGGCAUGCGUGGCGAGUUCGAAGGUUUUGUCGCCGUUGUGAAUAAAGUCAUGUCAGCUAAAUUCGGAGUAUUGGUGGCUGGUGCCGAAAACUUUUUGCCGCUGCUUCCGUGGGCCUCAACAUUUGAGACGGACAAAUACCUGAAACCAGAUUUCACUUCGUUGGAUGUAUUGACUUUCAGUGGUAGUGGUAUACCCGCUGGAAUCAAUAUCCCCAAUUAUGGUGAAAUCCGACAGGACGAAGGUUUCAAGAACGUCUCAUUGGGCAACGUCAUUCCUGCUUCCUACAAGGACCCAAAUAUUUUCUUCAUCUCUGAAGCAGACAAGCAACUUUUGAUUCGUCACAACACCGAGUCGUUUGAAUUGCAAGUCGGUCUGCACGAAUUGCUGGGCCAUGGUAGCGGUAAAUUGUUCCGUAAAAAUCCCGAUGGUAGUUACAACUUCGACAUGGAUAGCGUUAAGGCAUCACUGGACUCUGGUGAAGAGCUGUCUUGGUACGAAGAAGGUGAAACCUACGACUCGAAGUUUUCUACAAUUUCAUCUUCAUACGAAGAGUGCCGAGCAGAAUGUGUUGGCCUUUAUUUGUCUCUCAAUGAUGACGUUUUAAAGAUUUUCGGUCACGAAGGUGAAAAGGCACAGGAUAUUAUUUACGUUAACUGGCUCAGUCUGCUUCUAAAUGGUUCGACGAGAGCCAUGGAGUUUUACAACCCAAAAACGCAGUCGUGGAUGCAGGCUCAUUCGCAAGCCCGAUACGUUAUCCUUCAAGUGCUUUUGGAGGCUGGCCAGGGUUUGGUAAAUGUUGCCAAGGUAAUCGGAAGUGACGGCAAAGAUGAUUUGUUGCUUUCGCUCGACAGAUCCAAAAUCAGCACCGUGGGAAAAGAAGCCCUUGGCAUUUUCCUUCGUAAACUUCAAGUUUACAAGUCGACCGGCAAUGUAGAAGCUGCUCGGGCCAUGUAUGCUAAAUAUUCUGAAGUCUCUUCAACUGGCCCAUAUCCAUUUGCUGAGUGGCGAGCUAUGAUUCUUGAAAAGAAGCAGCCCAGGAAGAUUUUUGUCCAGUCCAACACCCGACUUGAAGGGGAGACGGUGAAGCUGGUGGAGUAUGGAUCCAGUGUUUCGGGAAUGAUCCAAUCCUGGAAUGAACGCUACGAAACGAGUUCCCUUGUUCACCAAGCACUAGAAGAGUUGUGGGUUAAAGAUGAACCAUUCUUUGUCUAAUCAUAUACAUUUUUUUAUUACAAGUUUACGAUACAAAGUUAUUGAAUAAACUUAAACUGUCGCAGUGAAA